AUGUCGAUGUCUUCUCUAUCAAAUUUUAAAGUUUUGGCGUGGAAUGUUGGUGGUGCAGGUGGGAGAGCUUUCGCCCGUGCCCUUAAGCUUGUUCUUCAAACUCACCGGCCAGAAUUUGUGAUUCUCCUUGAACCUCAGAUAAGCGGUGGAGCUGCGAAUGCGGUUUGCGACAGCUUAGGAUUUCCCAGGUCCAUUCGAGUUGAGGCCUCCGGCCGUAAAGGGGGCAUCUGGGUUCUCUGGCGCGACAACGAUUUCACCCCCCAUUUGAUCUCGGCGUGCAGCCAGCAUAUCUCUCUCAGAAUCGACUCCCCUGGCAAUCCUUCUUGGGUGCUUACUGCUAUUUAUGCUUCACCCAGACAAAGUGAGCAAAGUAUUCUUUGGAAAAAUCUGUUAAACCAGAGCAAGCAAAUCGACAUUGCCUGGUUGUUGACAGGUGAUUUUAACGCCAUUCGGGAUUUGGGGGAAAAGGCAGGCCCGCCUGCUAACAACACUGUGAGACGGUGUAAACUUUUCAAUGACCGUAUCAAUUCGGCUGAGCUGCUUGACCUGGGAUUUUCGGGACCCAAGUUCACUUGGACCAGGGGAAACGAGAGUACUACAGUGAAAGCCAGCCGGAUAGACAGGAGUUUGUGUAACCCCCGGUGGAAUUUAGCCUUUCCGAAUACUUCGGUUCUUCAUCUCCCUCGUACUCAGUCGGACCACAAUCCCAUCUUGACCAUGAUCCAAAUGCAAGAAAAUUCAGGGCCUGGAAGCCGCCCAUUCCGGUUCGAAGCGGCAUGGCUUAGUGACAGCAGGCUCCAGGAUCUGGUAUCAAAUGCCUGGGACAGCCUAGUUCCUCUUCCUUCUGCUUUGGUUAAUCUUGCAGGUACCCUACAGGAUUGGAACGUUAAUGUCCUUGGCAGCAUCCAGCAAAGGAAGAGGAGAUUCCUGGCGCGUAUUAAAGGAGUAGAGGACCGCCUCGCCAUCCAGUUCUCACCGGGGCUAGCCAAGCUCCAUGCCAAGCUCGAAGCAGAGCUGGACCAGGUGCUGGAACAGGAAGAAAUGUUAUGGUUUCAACGGGCCAGAGACAAGUGGGUCAAGUUCGGAGAGCGGAAUACAGCUUAUUUCCACCAGCAAACCAAUCUCAGAAGAAGAAAGAAGAAAAUCAAAGCGCUGCAGGAUGAGGCGGAUAACUGGGUGAACGAUCCCCUUUCCCUCGCCUCACUUGUUUUUGAUUCUAUUUCUAACCUUUAUCUGCAGGAUGGGUCUACCUAUGAGGACAAGUUGCCAACAGGUCAAUUUCCGCGUCUGAGCCAGGAGGAGCGGCUGACUCUGCUUCGCCCUUUCACGACAGUGGAUAUCCAUAAAGCCAUUUUUGACAUGAAGCCCUUCCAGGCGCCCGGGCCAGACGGCUUCCACGCGGCUUUUUAUCAACAUAUGUGGAGAGUGGUCGGGAGGUCUCUGACUGACAUGGCGCUUGCUUUUUUCGAAACCGGGGAGCUGCCACCCUCAACUACCGACUCCACCUUGGUCCUCAUUCCUAAGGUGGAGGUUCCGGAGAAAGUAACUCAUCUCAGGCCCAUCUCCCUCAACAAUGUGUCCCUCAAAGCCAUUACGAAGGCCAUGACCAGCAGGCUGAAGCCGGUUAUGAGGAAGCUUGUGUCCCCGCGACAGAGUAGCUUCAUUCCGGGAAGACAAACGGCGGACAACAUUUUGGUGGUACAGGAGGUCCUCCAUUCGUUCAGAAAGAAAAGAGGCAAGAAGGGAGGUUUGGUCUUCAAGAUCGAUUUAGAGAAGGCGUAUGACAGAUUGAGAUGGGACUUCCUAAGAGAUACCCUGAAGGAAGUCGGCCUCCCCAGCUCAUGGAUUAAUUGCAUUAUGUACUGCGUGGAGCAAAACAGGAUGCGUAUUCUUUGGAAUGGGGAGCUUUCAGAACCUUUUAGCCCAUCGCGCGGUGUUCGUCAGGGAGAUCCUCUUUCCCCUUAUCUGUUUGUUUUGUGUAUGGAGCGCUUAUCCCAUAGAAUUGACCAUGCAGUUAGAGAGGGCCUUUGGAAACCGGUGAAACUUUCAGUUAAUGGUCCGCCUCUGACUCAUCUUUUCUUUGCAGAUGAUCUCCUCCUGUUCGCAGAAGCAGAAAACCGUCAGAUAACUAUAAUCAGGCAAUGCCUUGAGGAUUUCUGCUUCAGCUCGGGUCAACGAGUCAACUACAGCAAGUCCAUCAUUUACGUUUCUCCCAACAUUGGUCGCCGGAAAGCAACUCAGAUGAGUCAGCGCGCAGGCAUCCCCCUUAAAGCUGCCUUAGGGAAGUAUCUCGGGAUUCAGGCGAUCCAGGAGAGAGUGACCAAAGGGCGAUACCAGUCCCUGAUCCUUCGAAUUCAGAAGAGAAUGGCCCCUUGGAAAGCUAGGCGGCUGUCCUUUGCUGCCCGGCUUACUCUCACCCAGUCUGUAUCUGUUUCCUUGCCUGUCUAUAAUAUGCAGACGGAACUCAUUCCCAUGGGAGUUUGUAGGUCAAUCGACAAGCUCAACAGGGACUUUAUUUGGGGAGACGAAGAGGAGAAGACGAAGAUGCAUCUGGUGGCGUGGGAGAAGAUGACCAAAUCGAAGAAACAAGGUGGGGUGGGCAUCCGGCCCACGAGACAGGCUAACCUGGCUAUGCUGGCGAAGAGUGGCUGGAGACUCCUCCAUGAUAAAGAGAGCAUUUGGACGCAAGUGAUGAAAGCCAAAUAUGCGCGCCAUCGUCAAGAUUUGGACAUGAUUCGGCCGAUAAAGGGAAGUUCUUUCUCCUGGGCUAGCAUUGCCAAAGUGGCUAGCCUUCUUAAGAAAGGGUGUGCGUGGAAUAUUAAGGAUGGUAAAAAGACUCACUUUUGGCUUGAUUGUUGGGUCUCGCAGGUACCCCUCCGGGAGCUGGUGACUGAGCAGAUUCCGCUGGACCUUGAAGGAGCUAAAGUGGCGGACAUGGUGGGGGAGGAUGGCGGCUGGAGGAGGGAACUCUUUGAGAAUUAUCUUCCCGAAGACGUGGUCCAAAAGAUCCUGAGCGUGGCUGUGGAUAAUGAUUCUGAGGAGGAGGACCGGCUUUUGUGGUCGGCCUCGGCAAAUGGAAAUUUCACCACCAAAUCAGCCUUCCACCUCUUAUCUCGACAACAACCAGACCCAGAUGAGACUACUUGGAAGAUCAUUUGGAAGCUGCCCACCCCGGAGCGGGUUCGCUGCUUCAUGUGGCAAGCCUUCCUGGACAAACUUGCAACUAACGCCUUGCGCUACAGCAGGAGGGUGGCGGACAGCCCGGAUUGUGCGAGGUGUUCUGGCCAACCGGAAACCACUCUUCAUCUUCUCCGGGACUGCCCCCCGGCCGUCUUCUUCUGGGCUCGGCAUGUCCCCCAGCAGCAUCAUACCUACUUCUUCACUUGCAAUUUGCGGGAAUGGCUGCGCAUGAAUCUCACCAGCAGCGCUACUGCGGGAAAUGGUGUCGAAUGGCCAGCUUUUUUUAGCACUGCAACUUGGCUCAUCUGGAAGAACCGCUCGGUUUUCUGUUUCAAAGGAGCUGGGGCGGCUAUGUCACCGCCUACUUUGGAGUUUUCCAUUCUCACCAAGACGAAGCUGUGGAGCGAUUCUUGGAGGUCACCCUCCCCCCUUCAAGAUAACAGGAACCGGCCGGCGACGCGAGUGAUGGCGGACAUUGGGUGGGGCGGACCAGAGAGUGGUUGGGUUACUCUUAAUAUCGACGGCGCCUCCAAUGGCAACCCAGGACCGGCAGGGGCCGGGGGUCUGUUGCGUGAUGGUACAGGGAAAUGGUUGAAGGGCUUUGUGGCGAACUUGGGCAUCGCCACUGCUGCUUUGGCAGAGCUCUGGGCGUUCAACCACGGAAUGGAGCUAGCUUGGAAGGAAGGCCACAGGGCGAUUAAAAUUGAGUCAGACUCUCAGCUUGCUAUUCAUCUCAUUGAGAACAGACAUGACCCGAUCCACCCGUAUGCCACUCUCUUAGCAGGUAUUCGCAGGAUGAUCAGUCGGGACUGGUUGGUUCGUAUUGUUCAUACAUACAGGGAAGGGAAUAGAGCCGCGGACUGGCUCUCGAAGCACAGUCUCGUCUAUCCCAACGGUGUGUAUGAACUUACUGAACCGCCAGACGGACUUAGACAAGUGUUAAGGGAUGAUAUGCUAGGAGUUACUUCCCAGCGUCGCAUUGUAAUUCCCUCUACCCCCCUCCCCCCUUAA